AUGGCGGAUGUACUGGCCCUCUUGCGUGAUUACCAUAUCAAUGAACGAGCUUUUGUGGAGACCGAUACAGAGAUAAUAUUUGGUGAUUUCGCUUGGCCGAAAACAACAAAAACGAAUUUCCAGGUUUGGAGAGACGGUGCUCCUAAGGAUUACUAUACCCUAGAAAGUGUUGUAUAUUUGUUACGAAACAAAGAUCUCCAGCAUGUGCAGUACGUUCGGCAGGCUGCUAAUGCCAAAGUUCCAGCCGUACUCUUGCCUGAUCGAAGGGAUCUACUUGCCUAUCUUACUGGAGAAAUCAACACCGCGCCCAGCAUUGACCGAGCUGCUCCUGUCGACAUUUCACUCAGACGUUCGGUUGCUAAACGCCACCCCUCAGAAUUACUUUCCCAUUUACGUCGUGAUGGCAACGACUUGUCCGGUAACGAUGCAUUUGGACAUGAUACUGAGGCAAAACGUGCUCGUCUCAUUGUCACGAAUGAUGAAAAUAUCGAUGGCAUGGCUUCUCAGACUGCAAACAAGACUCUGCCAAUUGAUGAGGACGCUAUCGCGCGCAAACAGCGACGUCUUACGGGCAACUUAGAUACAAGUCUCGCUGGUCGAAAUUCCGCGGUAAUCGCUGGUGAUCAGGCUAAGUCCAGCUCGCUGACGGAGGCAAUUCCAUCGGACAAAAUUGAGGCUUUGCGCGCCAAGUACCGUGCCACACAGCAACAACGAAUCAAACCGGAUGACAUCGAUCGUGUGUUAGAAACAUCUUCAGCUUCGGCCACAACUGCUGCAUUAGCUCCUCAAAGUGACAUCACAGCCACCACCACCGCCAUGCCCGUCAGCUCUUUGCCGAGGGGUACCCGUCCCGGUUUACAUGCUACCACUUUGGGUGGGGAGCAGCAAAGUAUUAUUCGCAUUGAUGACGCCGUACCUACUCAACCGUACACCGACUCAUCUGUACCUCGAGCUGCUCUGGUGGCGGAUGAAGCAUCAGUUCGAGCAAUUGUCGCUCGUGAACGUCGUUGGAGGACGCGUGUUUCAGUGCUUCAAAGUCAGGGAAAGACUUUCUACGAAAAUAUUGUUUUGGGGAUUCUCCGGAAUGUGAUCGUGAGUUUCAUUUACUUUUGUCUGAUAUGA